AUGACUCCUCAGCUUUGGACUGUGGCCAACUUAUAUUACCUACUAAUUAAUAUCAUUUUUAUUUUUAAGGUCAGCAUCAUUAACAGUGUCCAACAAGAAAAAUAUGGUGAUCUUACUAAUCAAACAAAGGGAGAGAGUCAUCAGUCUCUACAGCGAACCAAGAGAAGAUGGGUUAUUACCACUUUGGAACUGGAAGAGGAAGACUCAGGACCCUUUCCCAAACUUAUUGGUGAGCUGUUCAAUAAUAUGUCUGAUAAUAUGUCAUUAAUGUAUUUAAUUAGUGGACCUGGUGUGGAUGAGUAUCCAGAGAUUGGCUUGUUUUCUAUAGAAGAUCAUGAGAAUGGAAAAAUAUAUGUCCACCGCCCUGUUGAUCGAGAAAGGACACCGUCUUUCACGGUUUAUGUUGAUGCUGUGGAUCGCUUGACAGGGAAAAUUGUGGAUAAAUCCUUGAUUUUCAACAUUCGGAUCAGUGAUGUGAAUGACCAUGCACCCCAGUUUCCUGAGAAGGAAUUUAACAUCAGCGUGAAAGAGAACCAUGCAGCGGGUCAGCCUGUUUUUUGGAUGUUAGCAGUUGAUUUGGAUCAAGAAGACACUCCAAAUUCUCAAGUCCUUUAUUUCCUUGUUUCUCAAACACCAUUACUGAAAGAGAGUGGUUUCUGGAUUGAUCGUACUAGUGGAGAAAUACGGCUCUCAGGAUGCUUGGAUUAUGAGACUGCCUCUCAGUUUACACUCCUGAUUGGAGCUAACGAUUGUGGAGAACCGUCACUGUCAUCCACAGUCACUGUUCAUGUGAAUGUUCAAGAAGGCAACAACCACAUGCCCACAUUUACCCAGCAGAAGUACAAGAUUCAGAUUCCUGAAGCCCGAAUCAGACGGGACGUGUUGCGUCUCCCUGUUCAAGAUCGUGAUUUGCCAUUUACGUCCUCUUGGAGAGUAAAAUUCAACAUAUCACAUGGCAAUGAGGAGGGACAUUUUGACAUUUUGACUGACCCUGAGACCAAUGAAGGGGUUUUAAAUGUUCUCAAGCCUCUGGAUUAUGAAACUCACCCAGCACAAAGUCUUGUCAUCACCGUGGAAAACGAGGAGCGGCUCUUCUCCUGCGUGGGUGGCGAGCUUCAGCCUCCGAAGAGGGCAGCGGCAAGUGCCACCGUGAGUGUGCAGGUGACAGAUGCCAAUGACCCGCCCACCUUUCACCCCAGCAGCUUCAUCGUCAGUGUGGAGGAGAGUGCCAGGCCUGGGGUCCAAUUGGGAACGUUCAAUGCUUCGGAUCCAGAUAGGAUGGCGAGCCAGAUCCGAUAUAAACUGGUCCAUGACCCAGCCAAUUGGGUCACCGUGGAUGCAGAGUCUGGAGUGGUCAUCACUGUGCAGCCGAUCGACCGAGAAUCCCCUCAUGUCAAUGACAGUUUUUACACAAUCAUUGCUCAUGCUAUUGACCAUGGCCUCCCGCCACAAACUGCUACAGGGACCCUAAUGCUCUUCCUGUCUGACGUCAACGACAAUGUCCCAGCUCUCCAACCCCAGUCACGUUACAUGGAGGUCUGCAAGUCUGCAGAGAAGAAACCCCUCCUCAUCGAGGCGGAGGAUCCGGACCUGGAGCCCUACUCGGACCCAUUUACAUUUGAGUUGGACAGCACCUGGGGAGAGGCAGAGGAUGCAUGGACACUGGGGAAGAAUUGGGGCCAGUCAGUUGAACUUCUAAUGCUGAGGAGCCUCCCAUGUGGAAAUUACUCGGUGCCACUCAUUGUUGGAGACAGACAGGGACUCUCCCAGAAGCAGACAGUCCAUGUGAGGAUCUGCUCCUGUUCCAGCGGGCUCACGUGUAUGGAGUACUCAGAUGCAGGAAUGGGGCUUCUCACAGGGGUCCUAUAUCCAGUUUGUGCAGCCUUUUUGGCUCUGGCAGGGGCUCUGCUUUUCCUGCUUGUGUUUGAACGCAAGAGGCCUGGAGUCUCCAUCCCUAGUGACAAAGGCCACCAGACACUGAUCAUGUACAAUGAUGAGAGCAAAGCCAUGCCAGCUCAGAUGCAGUCAGAUGUUGAGGGCCAGAGGCCAGCUCCACUGAUCCACACAGUUGCAGCAGGGGCCAUACUGGGUGCUAAGGAUCUCAGCAAAGUGCUGCCCCCUACAGCGAGUAUGUCAGACCAAGUACACUCUGCUCUGGGGACUCAGGGUGGUGGCCUGCUUUUUGAAUCAAGAAGUAUGAAAAGCAGAUACUCUACUCCUGCCUACCCAGAUACUGUAGUGCCCAGAGGACUCCUGGCACCGAUGGAAGGAAGGAUGGUGGAGACACUGAGGCAGAAGCUUUGUGGCAUGGACCUGCUAGACGAGGACCCCAGCUACCCACUUCACAUCUACAGCGAGGAGGGGGAAUGUGAAGGUGCCUGGUCCCUCAGUUCUCUCGCCUUCUCCGAGCAUGAACUGCCACCUGACUUGCUGGACUGUUUGUGUUCAAAAGUGAUUCCGCUUGAAGAAGUAUAUUUAGAGUGAGGUGUUUCUCCUUCAAAAGUGCAUAUUUUGGAGAACUGGAAAGAUUCAUAG